AUGGAUUUAGAUGACAUAUUCACGGCGAAUCCGAAGAAAUGCGAACCGAAUUACUUUUAUGUUCUCGGCGUGAGCCCGAGCUCGACGGUUGACCAAAUUGAUGCAGAGUUUCGAGUUAAGGCUCGAGAGUUGCACCCUGACAAAAAUUUACAUGAAGAUACUAUCACAGAGAUACAGUUUCAGCUUUUAAAUCGUGCACGAGAAGUUCUCACAGAUCCAAUUUUAAGCAAGCAGUACGGAUGUUGGCUUGAUGCUGGAAUCGGCAUUCCAUUUGAAAAAUGGCUGCUUAUGAAAAAUCAGUUCCAAACUGUAGGUCUCUGUUUUCUCUUUGACUAA